AUGACAAUUUUCAUCGAGAAUACAUCGGUGGCAAAGCGUCUGAAUGCCAGUCAAGCUUUCGACGACACGUGGAAUACCGCUUCCGAUCUGGAGAAUGAACUCGAAUGCAUGUUGCAGCAAAAGCGUGCCAAAAGCAGCAGUAGCGGCAUCUCAUCGGCGACGUCAUCCGGCAGCAAAGAUGGCCAAUGGUCUGGCUGGUCGGAGUGGUCGACGUGUUCACGUACCUGCGAUGGCGGCAUUAUGCAACAAAUACGCCGCUGCUACAACACAAACGGUUGCAAGGGCGAGAGCGUACGCUAUCGCAUCUGCAAUAUGCAGCCGUGUCCGGAGCAACAAGACUUUCGUGCGCAUCAGUGUGCCGCCUACAACGAUGUACCCUACGAUGGGACGCUCUACACGUGGACGCCACACUACGACUAUGUGGAGCCAUGCGCGUUAACAUGCAGAGGACGUCCAGCGCAUUUGCAUUUGGGAGACAGCUCCUCUUCCGAGACCGAAGGCGUUGAAGAUCCCGAACACUAUGACGAUCACGUGAUCGUUCAGCUGUCGGCGCGCGUUCAAGACGGCACCCGCUGCCGGGCGGGUAGCCUCGAUAUGUGCAUACAGGGCAAAUGCCAGCGCGUGGGCUGUGAUUUGAAAAUCGGUUCAACGAAAAAAAUCGACAGUUGUGGCGUCUGUGGUGGCGAUAGCAGCUCCUGCUCGCAGCCACUCUAUUAUUGGGAAACAGCACCAACAACACAAUGCUCGGUGACAUGUGGCGGAGGCUACAAGAUGUCUCGUCCUGUGUGUCGAAAUCGUGUCACUGGCGUGGAAGUCGAGAAUGCCAUGUGCAGUGGUCCCCAGCCGGAACCAUCGGUGCUACUUUGCAACACGCACACCUGUCCACCAAGGUGGCUCACCGAUGACUGGAGUCCGUGCAGUCGCCUUUGUGGUGCUGGAUAUCGCGAGCGCAUGGUUGUUUGUGCGGAGGAGAAUAAUGGCAUCAAGACAACGGUACUGGAUGUGAUGUGUCGAGCGCCAAAGCCAGCCACGCAGGAGCCCUGCAUGAUUGAGAAGUGUCCUACGUGGGAGGUGGAAGAUUGGACUGGAUGCUCGGUAACCUGCGGCCAAGGCUUACAAAUGCGUGGCGUUGAAUGCAAAUCGGCUGAUGGCAGACACAGCGCCAAAUGCGACCCACUUACGAAACCCGCAUCGGUGCAGCAGUGCUCGACGGGGAUAUCUUGUGAUGGUGGCGGUACAAUUAUACUCGGCAGCAGCGGUCCUCUCGCAUCGUCUGAUGACGGUGAGCUGGAUGAGGAAGACGAUGAGGAUGACGACGAUUCGGCGGAUGUUGAAGAUGUGGAAGAAGGCGGUGACGAGUCUGGCGAUGCACGCAAUGAUGAUGCGGGCUUGGUGUCAUAUCGCGAUGAGCCCGCACCACAGUACGCGCACCGCUCGAUCAGUCAUCUGCAUCAUGAUGAGCCGCAACAGCCGCGUGCCGAGCGUCUCACUAGUGGAGGUGGUGGCGGCGGUGGUGGCGGAUAUGGUUAUCGCAGUAAAUCUGAUGCCGAGUCCAAAGUGCCAGUUGGCGAUCCAAGCUUCGUCAAGGACACCGAGUGGUCAGCGUGCAGUGUCACCUGUGGCGAAGGCGUUCGUCGACGAGUGUAUCGCUGUAAAAUCUUCCUUGAAUACUCUCGUACCAUUGCCACUGUCAACGAUUCGCUUUGUGAGGGCAUCAGACCACACGAUGAAGUUGAGCGUUGCGUCGAGGAGCCUUGUGUCCUCUCACACAUCUACGACGAACAAUUUCCACGCGACUCGAUUAAAGUAGGCGUCUCCGAGCCGGGCAAAACGUAUGUGUGGCGCGAGCAUGGCUACACUUCGUGCAGUGCCAGCUGUUUGGGUGGUGUUGAGGAGUUAAUAAUUAAUUGCGUUCGUGAGGAUAAUGGUCGCGUAGUAUCGCCAUUCCUGUGCACACCUGAAACGAAACCAGAAUCGCGGGUGCGUACCUGCAACGAUCGACCAUGCCCACCGCGUUGGAAUUACUCCGACUACACACCCUGCUCGAAGUCGUGCGGCAUUGGUAUUAAAACACGCGAAGUACAAUGCAUUCACGAAGUAACGCGCGGCGGUGAGAAUACAAUGGUUGUGCCGAAUAGUAUGUGCCCACAGCCGCCACCAGCCGAUCGCCAGUAUUGCAAUGUGCUCGACUGUCCAGUGCGCUGGGAGGUGGGCGAAUGGUCGAAAUGCUCGCACACCUGCGGCUAUGGCAUCAAGGAGCGGAAGGUGGAGUGCAAACAGAUAAUGGCACAGGAACAUAAAAUCGAACGACCCGAAUCGAUGUGCCCCAGCGCGAAGCCACCAGAUAAGAAACCAUGUAAUGUAAAACCCUGCCCGCUGGAGGAUCCAAAGCCGGUAAUACAAGUCAGCAAUACAACGCAUAUUCAACAUGACCCGAAGAAGUCGAAAAUCACACUCAAAGUUGGUGGUGCCGCCGUCGUUUUCUUUGGCACGCAGGUGAAGAUAAAGUGUCCCGUGAAACGUUAUAAUCGUACAAAGAUAAAGUGGAGCAAGGAUCACAAACCGUUGGCGCGCUCAAGGAAGUUCAAGGUGUCUAAGAAAGGCGCGUUACGUAUAAUGGACAUAACGUUCCGCGAUGCUGGUGUGUAUUCGUGCCAUGCGGGACAUAGUUCUGCAGAGAUCAACAUUGAGGUGAAAGCGAAACCUGGGCAACAGCCAGAGGAGCUCAAAUUGCAAGAAUCAGAACGCUUGGUGCGUGAACGCGAUGGUACAGAAGCUUUAACCUCUGCAGAUAUGACUACAGUUGGAGACGCAACAAACAGCUCACAAACCACACGCAGCAAACAGCAAAACGGACGUGAACGCAAUCGACGACCCAAAACCGAUGAGGCACAAAAUGUGGAUGGCAACAUCAUGGAGAAUGAGCAGUCACAAUUAGUGCAGCAAGUCGGCGAAGAUGCUGCCGUCGGUGGUACGGCGAAAUCGGCAAGCGCCAGCAAUGGCGGCAGUCGUGCCAACGUUUUACUCGCCAUGCCAUACUUCCAGGCGCUACUCAGCAAUUUGCAGCACUUGUGGCCUUUUCAGAAAUACGGUAAUUCGAGGGGACAUCACAUGCUGCUCGACAAAGGUCUACAAUUCGGCAUCGAUUUGGAAAAUUUCGAACAGGACGAACCGGCUCGACCACAAAUCGACACUAAGGAUCUACAAGCACUAACAUCAGCAGAAGCAGAAGCAGCCACAACAGCGACAGCAGCAGCAUCUGAGGCAUUCGCUUCGUCAUCGCUUACAGCAAUGGACACGAAUGGCAGCAACAAUGAGUGGCAUGAACAGGAAGCAACAGACCAUAUAAGCGCCAUCAUCAACACAAUAACAACAACAACAAUGCCGCCAUCAGUUGGUAAGUCGAUAGCCGCCGCAACACAUGAGGCCGACUCGCCACAUUCACCGCACGCCAGAUGGCAGAAGCAAGGCGACACAGAGGGUACAGUGGCUACAGCGGCACCCAGUAAUCAUGUCACGUACGAAUGGCGCAUCAGUGACUGGUCUGAGUGCUCGGAGAAGUGCGGCAAUGCGGGUGGUGCAGGUUUACGGCGUCGCUCAAUCACUUGCUUACGUUUACGCCAUCAUUUGCCCACCCAAAACGCCCUGGAGUCGCACGUUGAAGCGGACAUCGAAACGGUGGAUAAUGGGUACUGUCUGGAUUAUGGCCUGAACAUUCCCGACACGUUCGAAGGGUGCGGUCAGGAGGAGUGCGCCCGUUGGGAGACUAGCGAGUGGACGUUAUGUCAGCGUUCGCGUUGUUUUGGCCGCAACACAGCCAUACAAAAGCGUGAGGUUAAGUGUCGCUAUGCGAAUGGCACGGAGGCGACGGACGCCUGUGGUGUGGCACAGCGUCCCAUUAGUCGACAGGAGUGCUACAGUGAACGUUGCAAGGGCGUUUGGCGUGUCGAGCCAUGGUCGGAGUGUAAUGCGCAAUGCGGUCGCCAGGGAAUCAAAUACCGCAUUUUACAGUGUGUUUGGUAUGGCACACGACGACCGGCGGGCAAUGCUUGUCGCCAUCAGCCACGUCCGGCGGUGAUGAAAGUGUGUAAGAGUCCGCCCUGCUUUACGAAAACUUUUGAGCAAUGCCAAGACACUUCUCGGUAUUGCCGCAAUGUGCGUUCGAUGGGAUUGUGUCGAUUACAUCGCUACCAAGAAAAAUGUUGUAAAUCCUGCAAGUUCAAUGCCUAUUACAAUUAACGACAACUGUUGGCGAGGAAGGCAAGGUUCAUCCCUUGUCGAGGCUGAGACUGAGCCCGAAGACGAGGUUAACUAUUGGUUGCGUAUAGCAAAGCUAAAGCACCCAGAGCCAUAAAACAAACUCAUGCAAAACAAAUUCCAAAGGAAACAAACCAGCAACAAUUCAACAGCAGUCAGUGGGCAAACCCACAAAACCGAAGGCAAACAAAUAAUCGUUGGAACAUUACUACUACAUAUAUACA